AGUACUUAUGUCAUUUGUGUUUGUAUCUCCCCCUGUAUAUUUGGCAAUGCGUUGACAUUUUUACAAUUCCUGAUCAUAAGGAGGUGAGGUCAUGAUUGGGCGACGUGUCUGUGGACAGAAAUUGUGCGAAAGAAGAACAGUUCCUAUUUUUUCUGGUUAUGUGCAGAGUCAUCAACAAGAGGACGUCGAGCCAUACAUUUGAAAUCUAAGUCAUCUCUAAGCAUGGAUGAUUUGAGCUCGAUUUUCACUGAUGAGGAGUUGAGCCUCCUGAACAUCACUGAAUGGGAUUUUGUCAAUCCUGAGAACCUUGGUCCUGUGCUGGGGCCCCGUCACCUGUUCGCCCUGCUGUUCUAUAGCUUGGUCUUCCUGCUGGGGGUCCCGGGCAACGCUCUGGUGGUGUGGGUGACGGGCUUCCGCAUGCCGCGCUCAGUCACCUCUCUGUGGUUCCUCAACCUGGCCCUGGCUGACCUGCUGUGCUGCCUGUCCCUGCCCCUCCUCAUGGUGCCCUUGGCCAUGGACCAGCACUGGCCCUUUGGCCCCGUGGCCUGCAAGCUGCUCAAGGGACUCAUCUACCUGGUCAUGUAUUGUAGCGUGCUGCUGCUAGUACUUAUCAGCCUGGACCGCUGGCUGCUGGUCAGCUUGCCCGUGUGGUGCCAGAACUGGAGGAGGCCUCGCAAUGCCACCUGGGUAUGUGUCGGGUUGUGGUUCCUGGCCCUGCUGGGCAGCAUCCCCCAGUUUGUCUACGUGAAGGAGGUCCAGCUAAGCAUCAGUAAAUCAGAGUGCCUGGGAUUUCACACUAUAGUUAGCGGCUGGACUAUCACUACAGUACGCUUCCUGGUGGGUUUCGUGCUGCCAUUCAUCACCAUCGUGGCGUGUCAUUGGGUUGUGUAUAGCAGGGCUGGGCGGGGGUCUGGGGUGGGGUCUGGGAGGGUGAGUGAGGUUCGCUCCAGACGCACCUUGAGGGUCAUUUUUGCUGUGUUGCUGAGCUUCUUCCUGUGCUGGGUUCCACUGCACAUAUUGGAUUUCCUGAUCCUAUUGACCCCCCGGCACUCAUCGCACAGCGCCAACGUACAGCUGGCCCACACCCUGGCCCUCUGUCUUGCCUACUGUAACAGCUGCCUCAACCCUCUGCUCUAUGUGUGUCUGGGACGAGGCUUUAAGCAGAGUAUCAAUCGUUCCUUGCGCAGUAUGUUCAACUUCGCCACCGAGGAGCCGGUUCCCAGAAAGAGCAUGUCCAAGAGCACAUCAGAAAGAACCCAGGAGAUGAAAAUUAUGUGAAGUUCUCUGUGUGUGUGUGUGUGUGUGUGUGUGUGUGUGUGUGUGUGUGUGUGUGUGUGUGUGUGUGUAAACCAUGAGAACCUGCUGAGUCAGAGUGUUUUGUGACAUUUAAAAGUGCUGAGAGAUGUAAUUUGAAUCCAGUGUUAUGCAACAGAACAGGAACUUCUGCCCUCUCUGUAAUAUGUUUCCGCCAGCAAUCACACUUGUGCAAUUACAUUUGGCUUUAUCUGUAUUUAAGGGCUCUAUUCAAUCAGAUCUGCUUUAGCUGACAUCCCCAAAGAGGUUGUUUUGGCGGUGUGAAAGGUGGAACUGCGUUAGAGCUGUCAAAUCCACAAGCGGCUCCUGGCAUUACAGUAUACCUGAAGCGGACAUUGCCAUUUGCUACAUAGAGUCGCACGAACAGAAAUCCCAUGCAGCCUUGUUUACAAGUUCGAACAGUGGAAUGUGAGAUAUAAUCUAUACCUCAAUUAGGCUGAUAGAAAUCCUCAUUAUUUUGUUUAAUGAUUUUCAACUUGACUGUGUGGCUUCAUGACAAUGAUCAAGAGCAGCUGCUCACCGAUUGGAUAGCUCCAACGUAUUUACACCUCCAAAAUAUCACCUAUGUGAGUUUUUGUUAACGCCCGAUCUGAUUGAAUCUAGACUGUUGGGGGUCACCCUGGGGGUCGGGUGUGGGGCCACACCAGUGCCAUGAUUACUGUAUAUAUGUGGUAACCUUUGUAUGCUUGCAAUGCGCAAUGAUGGAAAAGUACUGGGUAAAUGGAGAUGUACUGCUUUAGUUCUCAGGCUGAGAAUUGUCUGCACCUGCUGAUAGUCACGCAGGCUCAAGGCCGAGAUAGUAGAGUGAGAAACCACAGUCUAGACAUGUUUUUCUCAUCUUAGAUACUUUGUAUCUAAUCCAAUGCAACAAUGUUAAGAUAUGAUUGACGGUAGGUUGCAUAAAGAGUGUUGUCCCCUGUUUCGCCACACAGAUCUUUACUAUAGACUACUGAGGUACUCUGUAUGUGAAUCUCUGUCUGCAAUUGCAUUGUAUUACUAAAGAGUUUUAUACCAAGGUUCCUGUGUCUGUGUCAUCUAUCUGGAAGACUGAUUGUUGAAGGAAACUUACAUCACCCCAUGCAAUGGACCAACCAACAUUUGGCGAGCUUGCCAGGAGUGAGUGAUCACUGCGUCUAGAUGAUCUUCGUCCCACUGUGCAGCUCAUCAAAUUAUAAGGUAAGCAGACGACUGUUAAACCAAAAGUCUGAAAUUAGAAAAAGCACUGUGUGGUUGAUGACUCAUUCCAGUAUGUAAGUGACACCUCACUCAUGGGGUUGAUAAUUACAGGAACAGUCGAUACCUACAUGUAUGUACAAGCCCGUAAUAGGAUGUACAUGUGAUAAAUGACCCAGAACCCCUGGUGUAAUAGUUUGAAAUUCCUGAAGGUCUAAUGUGACCUUGUGUGAGGAACUUGGUUAUAGAUUAGGAUGAACCAAGUCAGUAUGGUGUUCUUACCUGAGGGAAGACACUGGUUUUAUGUAUGGUGUUCUUACCUGAGGGAAGACACUGGUUUUAUGUAUGGUGUUCUUACCUGAGGGAAGACACUGGUUUUAUGUAUGGUGUUCUUACCUGAGGCAAGACACUGGUUUUAUGUAUGGUGUUCUUACCUGAGGGAAGACACUGGUUUUAUGUAUGGUGUUCUUACCUGAGGGAAGACACUGGUUUUAUGUAUGGUGUUCUUACCUGAGGGAAGACACUGGUUUUAUGUAUGGUGUUCUUACCUGAGGGAAGACACUGGUUUUAUGUAUGGUGUUCUUACCUGAGGGAAGACACUGGUUUUAUGUAUGGUGUUCUUACCUGAGGCAAGACACUGGUUUUAUGUAUGGUGUUCUUACCUGAGGGAAGACAUUGGUUUUGUUUUGAUAUAUGUAUAAUUGGUGGGAUUAUAGAUUUGGUGUGGGACAAUUGUUGUAUGAGUUGAGUGCAUUUAAUAACAGUGAAUGGAUAUAUGCUAGUCACUAUCAAGAAUUUCUAUGUACUGAAAUAAAUCGAGACUGGUAUAGACAACAAGUCUUUAAGACUAGUACAAGAAAGGGAUACAUUUGUGAAUUGCGUAUUGGGAAAGACAUGUUGUGAGUUUACUCUUCCAUUACACCCACAAGAGAGGAGACAGGGAGACCCCCAUACUGAAGUUAAAAUACAAUUGAAACCAAUUGUGGUUAUUUACCACACAUAUGUUGAACCAUUUACAGUAGCGUGGUUAGUGAAUAAAUGUAGUGAAACUAAAGAAGAAGAGGGGUUAGAGAAAAUAGAACUGCGUUGGGUAUAUCAUCCUAUUUUAGGUUCUACAACCCGUAUACGGGGAUAGAACUGGGUUUUUCUACAGUACCAUACAGAUAAGUCACUCAGUCCACAUUACAUUGAACCUGAUUAAAACAAAAUCACGGGACACCAUGACAGAUUCAACAUAAGGCAGUGCAGAGACAGUGGGUCCCACACCAAUGAAGGCUGGGCCUGACCUCUCUGACACUGGCCUGACUGAUGCUGACUUGGAGCUUUUCGUUGACGGUUCUGCAUAUAUAGAUCAAAUUACAGGGUAGGUUGUAUGAAGAGUGUUGUCUCCUGUUUCGCCACACAGAUCUUUACUAUGGACUACUGAGGUACUCUGUAUGUGAAUGUCUGUCUGAAAUUGCAUUGCAUUACUAAAGAGUUUUAUACCAAGGUUCCUGUGUCUGUGUCAUCUACCUGGAAGACUUAUUGUUGAAGGAAACUUACAUCACCCCAUGCAAAGGACCACCCAACAAGAUCUUAGUUUAGAUUUUAGUUCAUUGUCAUAGAUAUGUCAUUUUGACAAAUAUGUCAUGUUUCAGCCGUUAGAUAAUAACAACAACUCUUAAUGAGCACACCACAACAUGAAUUGUGUCCCCCCCAAAAAUAUAAUAAAUAAAAUAAAUAUUACUGAUCUUGUAAAUACAUGUAUUUGUGUUGAAAUAAAAGUUUGUAUGAAAUCAAGUUGCUCUUUAAAA